UUAAUACUCCAUACCGCUAGUAGUGUAUUUACUGUUUUUGUACUUCGCAGCACGUGUUUAGCUCUUAGCAUUAUAAAUAAUCUAUCAAAAUGGAGAGAGAGUACAUGAGAGAUUUGUCGAGGAAAAGGCAAUCGGAACCAGACAACCUUAAAUUACUCUUACCAAUUAAAACUAAAGAUGGUGCAAUUGUGAAAAAACUUGGCCAAAGAUCUGCCACUGAAAUAGAGGACUCAAAUCAGAAUGUCACAGAAGAGCCUCCAAAGAAAAAGAAAAAAAUUAAUAAAAAAUUUGUAGUGCAAAGUGAGGAAAUUCAAGUAGAUCCAAAUAGACCAAUUGCAAUGGUUGAGCUAAUAGCUCAAAGAGAAAAUGCUAAAAAUGCUUAUCGUUGUAAAAUUGGAGAGCUGGCCAGUGAAGUACUUGAAGAUCCUGAAAAGAGAUAUUCAAAUGUUACAGCAUUGAUUAGGUUUAUGGAUGAGAAAAAUGCAAACGUCCGUGUAACAGUAUGUUCAUUGACUAUAAAGGCGUUAUUAGAAAUAUUUUUAGAUAUUCUGCCUGAAUAUUCCAUUCGUUCGCAAGAAGGACCAUUGAAAAAAGAAACAAUCCAAUUACAAAAAUAUGAAACCCACAUUAUCAAAUGUUACGAGCAGUAUUUGAAGAAAUUAGAGAAAAUGGUUGGAGUUUUGAAACAAAAAAUAGCUGUAGACAAGAUGAAAAAAGAUGAUAUAUACUUAGCAAAGUUGAGCAUAAAAGUGAUGUGCAAGCUUCUUACAUCGCAACCAUAUUUCAACUUUUCUACCAAUAUAGCAACUUUUUUAGUUCCCUAUCUGAACCAUAGAUUUGUAAAUAUAAGGGAGCAGGUAGCAAAUUGCUUCUCUGAGCUAUUUAAAGAAGAUAAACGUGGCCAGUUAUCUUUAUUAAUUGUUCAGAAAAUAAACAAAUACAUUGUAGCCCAUUAUCACAAAGUUCAUUCAGAAAUGUUAACUGUAUUGCUUGGAUUAAAAAUAUCAGAAAGUAUGGUCAAAGACAAAGACCAAGAUAAAAAAACAACGGACUUCUCCAAAGAAAAACGCUCCAACUUCACAAAAAUAACAGAAGUUCUAUAUUUGAUUUACUUUCGAACUCUAAAAAAUUAUUCAAACUCUUCUAUUUUAACAUCUUGUCUUGAGGGAUUAGCUAAAUUCGCCCCCUGCAUUAAUAUAGACUUUUAUGCUGAUUUGGUUGCAUUUUUAAAUAACUUACUGGAAAAUGAAGAAUUAAAUCUGAAGCAGCAACUAUACUGCAUUCAUUCAGCAUUAUUAAUUUUAAAUAUUCAAGCUGCUACUAUAAAUGUAGAUCCUACUACGUUUCACACACAUUUUUAUAGAAAGUUACUUGAUAUUCAUGCAGGAACAACUAGUAGUGAAUUAUCUGUGAUUUUGAAAACAAUGACUCAAGUAAUAGUCAAGAGGUAUAAAAUGAUGACACCUAGUGUUGUUAUAGCUUUUAUAAAAAGAAUUUUUACAGCUUCAUUAAACUUAGACCAAGAAACUGCCUUAGAAAUUAUUCAGAUGAUUAAGCCAGUCAUGCUAAAUUGCAAAGGAGCAAGUAAUUUAGUUGAAACAGACUGUGAUUCAACGGUACAGUUUUAUUUACCAGAAAAUGAUUGUCCUGAAAACUCUUCAGCUUAUGGAACCAGUUUAUGGGAAAUUGUAGCUCUGCAGCGACAUCCGAGUACUGCUAUUCAAGCCACAGCUAAAAGUAUAGUAAAAGAACUCUUGGGAAAAACAGAUGAAUAUUCCCUAAACAAAUUGGCUAAGUUUUCUCAAGAUUCUCAGAAACCAUAUGAUCCUAAUUAUGGUUCAUUUUUAACAACAGCACCUUUGCCUAAAAAAGCACCUAAAAGAUGUAAGGUGCAUGAUUAUCAAGUUCUCAAAUUAAUUAAAACUAUUGAUCCUGAAGGAAGUUUUAAUAGUACGACUUUGAAUUCUUCUGAUGCCACUGAAAAGGAAAAUGAAAAGAAAGAA